AUGCUGGCCAGCCGUCGCGCCGUGUCCGUCCGGGCCCAGGCCAAGCAGCAGCCCAAGGCCCAGACCAACGUGGCCAAGGCCGUCGCCGCCGUGGUGACCUCCGUGGUCAUGCUGGCCAGCCCCGUCAUGGCGGCCGAUGUCAAGGAGACCGUCCGCCCCGCGGUGUGCGCCGCCAACCCCACCGCCAAGAUCUGCCUGCAGGGCAGCGCUUCCCGCAACUAA